AUGUCUAGUCCUCCAACUCCCAAUGAGGAGAGCGCGCCGGUGAUUGCCGUCACAGGCGAGAGCACGCCGUCACGAACAGAAAGCCCCGCAAUCCCACAGAUAGCUGUAUUUGGAGGCAGUACGGAAAAUCUCGAUACACAUGGCGGACCAUAUAACCCGCCGCCGUCUCCUACACCGACUCAAUCCAGUACUGGCUCUGUACAGUGGGCUUCUUCGCUUGCUCUCCGCGACAACACGCCCGGCAACGGCGUCACCUCGCUCGGCCUCCUUGGUGUUCCCAGUGGCCACCGUCGCCGCGGUUCGUCCGCAACAACGGGCAGCACAGGUUCCGAAACUGUUGCCGGCGACCACACCAUCGACGUUCCGCUAAGUCCGAAGAGUGAUUACUCUUCGCUGGGCAGUCCUACCCACACGCACGUUGAUGACGGCGAACUGAGCCGGAGUCCAAGCCGGAGUACGGAUGGAGGCAAGGGCAAGGGCAAGCACCGCUUGAGCAGACCCAACUCGCCAUCCCUGUCACCCUCGCCGUCACCACGCCCCUCAUCUGAUGGUCGGAGGUCCUCGGAGGAGUCCGCGUCGAGACGGUCGAACAAGGGUAGUGAUCAUCAGGAGGAGGGUGUUGAGAUGAAGGACAAGCGUCCUGAACAGGCUGCGCUCGAGGACGAUGACAACGCCGACCCCGCCCCCUUCAAGUUCAACCCCCGAGUGCUGGCCAAUCUCGUGGAUCCCAAGAGUCUGGAGGCAUUAGAUGAACUCGGCGGUGUAGAUGGACUGCUCUCGGGCCUUGGCACUCGAGCCGACUCUGGGCUUAGUUCCAGCCCGGGCCGCAGUAGCGAACAUGGGACGAGGAAUAGCAGCGAGCAUACCACGCAUGCUAGCGAACUCGCCAAGCGUCCAAGUAUCACCCUCAACGACGGCGAGCUGGACGAGAAUGAUGUCCCCAGCCUCAGAGCUGGUACCAGCCAGGCGCAUUACAACGCCGGAGCUGCGGACUCUGGCGAUGCUUUUGGCGCGGAUAUGGAGACCCGUACGCGCGUCUAUGGGCACAACGUCUUGCCUGCACGUGCGAGCAAGAGUCUGCUGCGACUCAUGUGGGAUGCCCUAACCGACCGAGUCCUCAUUCUGUUGAGCGUCGCGGCCGUCGUCUCGCUCGCCCUCGGCUUCUUCCAAGAUUUCGGACCCGCGCGCGACCCCGACCAACCUCCGGUCGAUUGGGUUGAAGGUGUCGCGAUCAUCGUCGCCAUUAUGGUUGUCGUACUGGUUGGCAGUUUGAAUGAUUGGCAGAAGGAGCGUCAAUUCCAGGUGUUGAACGCGAAGAAGGAAGACCGUGCGGUCAAGGUCAUCCGGGACGGCGAAGAACGCCUGGUCGGCGUGCACGAUGUUGUCGUUGGUGAUAUCGCACUUCUCGAACCGGGCGAAGUCGUCCCGUGCGACGGCGUCUUUUUGUCGGGUCACAAUAUCAAGUGCGACGAAUCGGGUGCUACAGGCGAAAGUGAUGCCAUUCGGAAGGUCUCUUACGCUGAAUGCCUUGAGCUGCUGAACAAGAAACGCGCGGAGAAGGGCACGGGUGCGGAAGGCAAGCGCGCGCUCGAGGUCCUCGGUCACACGGACUGCUUCAUCGUCUCUGGGUCCCGCGUUCUGGAGGGCGUUGGUCGAUACGUCGUCAUCGCCGUCGGAACUAGGAGCUUCAACGGUCGCAUUAUGAUGGCUCUGCGCGGCGAUGCGGAGGAUACUCCCUUACAAGGCAAACUUAACCGACUCGCUGAUCUUAUCGCAUGGGCGGGUAUGAUCGCCGGUUUGGUCCUAUUCGUCGGCCUCAUGAUCCGGUUCUUCGUUCAAUUGGGCACUGGCGAACCUGCGAUGACCCCGGCCCAGAGGGGAAUUUCGUUUGUCAACAUCCUUAUCAUUGCAGUCACCUUGGUCGUCGUCGCUGUACCCGAAGGUCUUCCCCUGGCAGUGACAAUCGCUCUCGCGUUUGCAACGAAACGCAUGACAAAAGAACGCCUACUCGUGCGCGUCCUUGGAUCUUGCGAGACAAUGGCGAAUGCGACCGUCGUAUGCACGGACAAGACCGGAACGCUUACCCAGAACGAGAUGACGGUCGUCGCCGGCUCGGUUGGCAUCCACGCGAAGUUCGUACGCGACCUUGCAAAUAACGGCGGGCGCGCGGAGACAGACGCUGGAUCGAGCCCUGGCUCACCUUCGACUGAGGCUCAACGUUCAAGGCGUUUCGCACAGGAUUUCCCGCUCGAGCUCUCCGACCUUGACCAGGUCCUUAGCCCCGCACUCCGUAUGGCUUUCAACGAGUCCAUCGCGUGCAACAGUACCGCGUUCGAGGAUACAGACCCGGAGAGCGGCGCACGCAUCUUUGUUGGUUCCAAGACCGAGACGGCUCUGUUGAAGAUGGCCGUCGACUUGAAGUGGACCAACUACCGCACGACAAGGGAAGGCAAGGAGCAGCUUCAAGUGGUACCCUUCAGCUCGGAACGCAAGGCCAUGGGUGUCGUCGUUCGACACGGCAAGGGUGCACGGUUCUACGUCAAAGGUGCCAGCGAGAUCUUGGUCGACAAGUGCCGGAGCCAUGUGGUCGUUCAUAAGCCAGGAGAAGGCAAAGGCGGCAAUGAGGAUGAGAUCGAGACGGCUGCGUUGAACGACGAAGACAAGGAGAACGUUUCGAGGACAAUCACGUUCUACGCAGGCCAGUCACUCCGAACUAUCGCAAUUUGCUACAGGGACUUCGAACACUGGCCACCCGCCGAUGCGGCUCUCGGUGAGGACGGCGAGAUCCCCUACGACACCCUCGCGCGCGAUCUCUGCCUUAUCUCCAUCACUGGUAUCGAGGAUCCCCUCCGCCAAGGAGUGCGCGGGGCCGUCGCAGACUGCACUCGCGCCGGCGUCCAGGUUAAGAUGUGUACCGGUGACAAUGUCCUUACGGCCCGCAGUAUCGCGCGUCAGUGCGGUAUCUACUCGCCCGGUGGAAUCGUCAUGGAAGGCCCUGUAUUCCGCUCCCUCCCGCCGCACGUUCAGGAGCAGGUCGUCCCUCGUCUUCAGGUUCUCGCUCGCUCCAGUCCCGAGGAUAAGCGCGUCCUCGUCGACACGCUCAAGCGCCUCGGCGAGGUCGUUGGUGUCACAGGCGAUGGUACGAACGAUGGUCCUGCGCUGAAGACGGCCGACGUCGGAUUUAGCAUGGGUAUCGCCGGCACGGAGGUCGCGAAGGAAGCCAGUGACAUCAUUCUCAUGGAUGACAACUUCGCCAGCAUCGUCAAGGCCAUCAUGUGGGGACGUGCAGUCAACGACGCUGUCCGCAAGUUCUUGCAGUUCCAGAUCAGCACGAACGUCACGGCCGUUGUCAUCACCAUUGUCUCUGGUCUUGCCAGCUCUGAUGAGGAAUCCGUCCUCACAGCUGUCCAGCUGCUCUGGAUCAACAUCAUCAUGGACACCUUCGCCGCUCUCGCACUCGCCACGGACCCCGCCACGCCUACUUCGCUCGACCGCAAGCCCGACCGCAAGUGGGCGCCCCUCUUCAGCUGCGACAUGCUCAAGCAGAUCGUCGGUCAGAGCGCGUAUCAGUGCAUCAUCAUCUUGAUCUUCCACUUCCUGGGCGCUCGCAUUCUCGGGUUUGGUACCGAUGAGACGGACAAGCGUGUCACAACGCUCGUCUUCAACGCCUUCGUCUUUGCGCAGAUCGCCAACAGCUUCAACUGCCGCAAGCUUGACCAGAGGUUCAACAUCUUCGAAGGAAUGUCUCGUAACUGGUGGUUCAUCGGUAUCACCCUCAUCGAAAUUGGCGCUCAAAUCCUCAUCGUGUUCAUUGGUGGCGCGGCGUUCUCAGUGACACGCAUCGCCGGCCGCGAGUGGGGUAUCUCCCUGGCACUCGGUUUCGUCUCGAUUCCUCUCGGCGCGCUCAUCCGUCUCGUCCCCAACGGCCCUUGCGAGAAGCUCUUCCGCGCCGUCCGCCUUCUCCCCCGCGAUCCCACGCCCCUCCCGACAACAGCACCCGGCACCCCAGAGCCUGGUCUUGGCUUCGCGCUCGACAUGCUCCGCAACAACCUCGGCACGUUCCAGCGCGUCCGUGGUGGUCGCCUCCGCUCGAGCUCUUUCGUCGUACGCAGUAUGAAUGCUGCUGGUCUCGCACCGCAGAAGCGUCCUCGCAAUAUCAUUGCCGCGACGAUGUUACCUAGUCUUCUUGGAGCGCAUAUGGUUGGCGCGAACUGGACGCCGAGUGGGCCUGGACAGGGAAGCUUGAGCGAUCCGGCUGGAUUCGAUCCGAGCAGGAGCGCAGCGCAACUUUGGGAGACGAAGGUUGAGGUGCAUCCCGACACACCUGCGGACGACCCGGUUUUCAAGCUGUUCCCUGGAGCUAGGCAUGCUGAGCGGUAA